AUGCCUCUAUCGGUGUGUGCCUCUAUCGGUGUGUGCCUCUAUCGUUGUGUGCCUCUAUCGGUGUGUGCCUCUAUCGGUGUGUGCCUCUAUCGUUGUGUGCCACUAUCGGUGUGUGCCUCUAUCGGUGUGUGCCUCUAUCGGUGUGUGCCUCUAUUGGUGUGUGCCUCUAUUGGUGUGUGCCUCUAUCGGUGUGUGCCUCUAUCGGUGUGUGCUUCUAUCGGUGCGUGCCUCUAUCGGUGCGUGCCUCUAUCGGUGUGUGCCUCUAUCGGUGUGUGCCUCUAUCGGUGUGUGCCUCUAUCGUUGUGUGCCACUAUCGGUGUGUGCCUCUAUCGGUGUGUGCCUCUAUCGGUGUGUGCCUCUAUUGGUGUGUGCCUCUAUCGGUGUGUGCCUCUAUUGGUGUGUGCCUCUAUCGGUGUGUGCCUCUAUUGGUGCGUGCCUCUAUCGGUGUGUGCCUCUAUCGGUGUGUGCCUCUAUCGGUGUGUGCCUCUAUCGGUGUGUGCCUCUAUCGGUGGCGCGGCGGACCAGCGCGCGCGGCUGCUGCAGGUGACGGCGCGGGUGGAGGAGUCGUCAGCGCGCGUGGCGGAGAGCCGGCGCGCGAUGGCGGGCACGGAGCAGCUGGGCGUGGCCAUCCUGGCGGACCUGCACCAGCAGCGCCAGUCCCUGCUGCGCGCCGGCGACACGGUCAGGGGGGCCAGGCGUCUCACUCUCUCCUCUCUCACUGCUCGCACCUCUCUCACUGCUUGCACCUCUCUCACUGCUCGCACCUCUCUCACUGCUCGCACCUCUCUCACUGCUCGCACCUCUCUCACUGCUCGCACCUCUCUCACUGCUCGCACCUCUCUCACUGCUCGCACCUCUCUCACUGCUCGCACCUCUCUCACUGCUCGCACCUCUCUCACUGCUCGCACCUCUCUCACUGCUCGCACCUCUCUCACUGCUCGCGCCUCGCUUCGCGCGAGGCGCGUGCUGGGCGGCAUGGCGCACAAGCUGCACCGCAACAAGUGGAUCACCGCGCUCAUCCUCGCCCUGCUGCUGCUCGCCAUCGCUGCCGUCAUCUACCUGCGCCUGCGCCACUAG